AGGAAAAAGGAUUCUUUGGUCUUUUCUUUUUGUACAAUGUUCUUGUUUUUGUUUUGCAUAUUACAUAUGUAAUUCAAUCUCUUAUUAGUCCAACACUCCAGAACUCUUCAAGUCUAGGACUGUUUCCUCUCUACUAUUAUUUCCUUAAUAAUUAUAUUCCUAACUUUGGCUAUUUCUUUCUGAGACUUGUGCUUGUUAGAUAUUGAACAUUCUCAAUUGUUUCUCUGUGCUUCUUGUAUUUCUCUUUUAUGUUACAUCUUUGGUUUUUUUCCUCUACAUCCUCACUUAAAGUGAAUACCUCAGUUUAUUUUGAGUAUUUCAAUUUCUCCCUAGCAAGAGAAGUGUUGAUACCUGCUGCCACAGGAAACAGAGAGAUCCUGGCAGCUUUGCAGCAGAGGUGUGACAUGCUGAAAACAGGGGAAAAGCUUCAUGAUAUUGAACUUGGCAGUCUACACCAAAAGAGAUCAUAGCCAAAUUUCUGAAAGCUAAAGAGAAAGAAAAAAAUCUUGAAAGAAAUGAGAAAGAAAUGACAUAUUGCCCAUAGAGCAAUAAAUAACUUAACUGACAGCUUUCUCUUCAGAAACUCUGGAAGCUAGAAAGAAGUGACACAAUAAUUUUCAAGUGCUGAAAGAAAAGAACUGUUAACCUGGAGUCCUAUGUUUCAGUGAAAAUAUCCUUCAGGAAGAGAAGCUUUUGCCAGUAGACCAUAUCUAAAAGAAUGGCCAAUGAACAUUCUCCAAACAGAAAGGAAUCAAUUUAAAAAGAAAAAGAAUAUUGGAACAUCAGGAAAGAAGAAAAAACACAGCAAACAAAAAUGUGGAUAAAUGAAAUAGAGUUUCCUUGAGUUUUAUAAAUUUUUGGUGGUUGAAAUCCAAAAUUAUAACACUGUUCCAAGUGUAUGAAGAGAAAAUAUUUAAGACAAUUAUAUUAUAAAUGGAGGAGGGUAAAGGAGUAUAAAGGUAGCUAAGUUUUUCACCCUUUUUUUUGAACUGGUAAAAUAACACCAUAAACUGUGAUGUUAUGCACAGAUCAACCACUAUAAUAGUUUUACAAAGUGAUACACCAAAAACCACGUUGAUAAGGUAAAUUCUAAAAUAUGUUCUAAUAGCCCACAAGAAGGCAGGGGGAAGAAAACAAAGAAACAAAAACAGUAAGAACAAAUAGAAAAUUGAAAAUAAAAUGGCAGACUUUAGCUCUGACAUAUCAGUAAUUGGAUUAAAUGUAAAUGGUUGGAAUACACCAACUGAAGCAAAGAAAUUGACAGAAUGGGUUUAAAAAGCAUGACGAACUAUGUGCUGUCUACCAGAAACUUCACUUUAAAUAUAACAAUAUAGGCAGAUUUGAUCUAAAAAGAUGGAAAAUAUAUUAUGCAAAUAUUAAUAAAAAUAAAGCAGGAGUGGGCAUACUAAUGUCAGAUAAAGUAGACAUCAGAGAAAAGAAAUUUACCAGAAAUAGAGGGGGACACUAUAUAAUGGUAAAGGAAGACAUAUUCAUCCUAAACAUGUAUACCCCAAACAACAGAUCUGUAAAAUACGUGAAGCAAAAAGUGACAGAAUUAAAGGAGAAAUAGACCCACAAUUAAAGUUGAAUACUUCAACACCCUCUCUCAACAACUGUCAGAACAACUAGACAGGAAAUCAGCAAGGAUACAGAGGAACUCAACACUAUCAACCAACAGGAUCUAAUCCAUAUUUAUAAACACCUAGCCAAGGACACCAGAAUACACACUCUUUUCAAAUGCUCAUAGAAUAUAGACAAGAUAGACCACAUAAAUAAGGCCAUAACACAACUGUCAAACCAUUUAGAAGUAUCAAAAUCAUACAACAGGGGUUCUCCGACUGCAAUGGAACCAAACUAAAAAUCAAUAACAGGAUCUCUUCAAACACUUGGAAACUAUGCAACAUGCUUCUAAGUAAUCCAUGGAUCAAAGACCAACUCUCAAAGGAUAUAAAAAAUAAAUCUAACUGAAUUGGAAAUGAAGAGAGAGCAAGUCAAAAUUUAUGAGACACAACUGAAGCAGAGGGGAAAUUUUAUAAAAGCAGGUGUUAGAAAAGGAAAAAUCUCAAAUCAUCAUGGACAUGAACACCUCAAGAAUAUAGAAAAAGAAGAGCAAAAUACACCCAAUGCAAGAAGAAAAUGCAGGAGGAAAGAAUAAAAAUAAUAGAAGAAAUCAAGGAAAUUAAAAACAAAAAUAAUACGAAAAAUCAAUGAAAUAAAAGGCUAGUUCUUUUUAAAAAAUCAAUAAAAUUGACAAACAUCUAGCAAGAUUGGCAAAAAUCUUCUUCCCUACCUAUUUGAGAUUUCAAAUAUGUUAGCACCAAAUCUUUUAUAUUUUCAAACUUCUCUGCACCAUAUCUCCCGUCAGUUGAGAGGUUUCUUUAAGUGAUAGCUUAUGUAUUUACCCAGAAUUAUUGUUUUAUCUUGCAUAGAGCUACAUUAAGGAAGAUUUGUAAGAGGUUCAAUUCAUCCCUUGAAAAUUAUUCUUUACCUUUCAUUUUUAAUAAACUUGAAGAAUUUUUUUAGUUAUAAUGGAAUGAAAAAACAAGUAUGUGUAGCAUGAAAAUAGGUAUCAACUUGAUCAGUUAUGCAAUAAUUAUAAGCUAAGUAAAUAAAAUUAAAUUUAGAUACUUAACAAUGUUUCAUAAGUUAAAGUAUCAUUGCAACUCACUGGUAGUAAUCCAGCUAAAUUCAUCUGAACACAAACUGUCACUUAACAUAAGGCUACAUUGGCAAAAAGAGCAUGGAGCAUGGUGCGUUUUUACAUUGUUUACCUUUCCAUGUUGUGUCCAGAGGAGACCAAAGUUUUGCUACCUAAUUAUUAAAAUUAAGCUGGACAGUAUGAUUAAGACGAUUCCCAGUGAAUGAUGGAAACAUUCUGUAUCUCAAAUGAGGUAUGGGUUAUAUAGAGAUAGAUCCAUUUGUUUAAAUGGUGCGGUUAAGACUGGCACAUGUCAAAUUGUGUAAACAUUAACUUAAGAAAAGAACUAUACAAAAGCAAACACUGGAUGGGAGACAGAGAGUGGAGGGAAAGGUAUAGAUGGAACAAGACGAAAUGUGAAACUGGAUGAUGUGUACAUGGACAUUAUGUGGCUUAAUUUGCAUAUGUUGAAAUUUUCCAUUAUAAAAAGUUUUUAAUGAAUUAUUCUUUGUGAGACAUGUUUAUAAAGCAGUCAGUUCAACUCUAACAAAUCACAUCAAAGCAAAAGAGAAUAAAACAGAAAAGGAUUCUCCCGAAGGAAUCUAAUGUAAUACACUUUUCGUACAAGGGCAAUUUCUUCACAUACCCAACUGAUAGCUUUUGGGGGAUACAUUAAGAUACUAUCUUCUUCCUCUCUCUCACAACAACCUAUGUUCCCAAAAAUAUUUCAGUGAUCUAAACUGAGUUUUACACAUAUUAUACUGCUAAAAGAUUUUGCUUUGAAAUGACAGAUAACUCAGUAAGUUGUGUUUGAAGAGUCUAGUGGCAUUGCAGGCAAAGAAAACGAAUAAAGGACUAUGUAGAUGCCAGGAAUGCCAUUUAAGCUGGAAUCUGAAUGUCCACUGAAAAAAAGGAAGCAUUUAGGAUUGAGCUGGAAAUAGGUUUGUUUCAGAAAAGAAACUAAACCCUUGCGACAUGUUCAUGAUUGUUGGCUUUACUUCAUUUGAUUUUGUUAUUCGUACCCUCAAGGAAGUCUAUUCUCAGUAACAUCCAUCAAGUGAACCGUGGAGGCUGGUCACAGUGAUCUUAUUUUUAUUCUUCUGGGUAGAUAGAGGUGCUGUUCAACUAAAAAGUUAUACAUCUGUUCAGAGUCUAGAUUUUGCUUAGGCUUAUUUAUUUUACUGAGAGGAAUUUUGAAAAAUAGUCUCAUUUUCAAUCGUUCAUCAUUUUAUCUCUUACCUGAAGGGAAUUUUGCUUGAAUGCAAUUGAUUUCACCUCUCAGCCAAUAUGAAAUCAAUCUGAAAUUAAUUAUGUUUGGUGUAUUUUGUGUUCUUACAUGUGCGCUGGCCCUUUUACAUAUUUUUAGGAUAUUAAGAGAUAUACUUUCCUAUUUAUCUGAGCAGAAACUGAUGAGAUAGGAAUGGAUAUAGCUAUGAUGACCCAUUAUUGAAUUCCACAGUAUCCACUCAAGUGUAAUUCAUCUUUCACACUACCUUAUUUGGUCUAUAUUUAGAGGAUUUAGUGUCAUCCUUGGUGUGAGAGGAUGGUAGAGGUGAUUCUUAAAUGAUUGUUUAAUGCCUUGCAUUAUAUUCUUACAAGUUGGAUCUUGAUCAAUUAAUAUAGGAGGGAAAUUUGAUUAAAAAGUUACAAUAAAAAGAACAAGCCUAAUAAAAUUAUGACCAGUUCUACCCAUACAAAAAUGAAGUGGAAUUCUAAAAUGCUUACUUAGGACAGAUGGUUGAUUGAUCUUAAUUCCUUUUAAAAUAAUUUCAUUUGAUUAGAUACUUGUAUCAUAAGUAUUUCUUGGCCUCAAUUUUCCUCCUAAUAUAGCCUAUUUACUGUGCAGGUGUAACCAAGAAACAAAGUAAGCCUUUUGUUUAUGCCAUAUAAUUUAGAUAAAUGAUUGUUUAUUUUACCAUUGGUGUUGCUAACUUUCAUGUUUCUUAUAGUUUGUUGGGACAAUUAAAUAGUAUACUUCUGGGAUUCACAAAUUACAUUGCUCAUCAGAGAAAAAUUUCAUGGCUAAAGAAUAAAAGUUGAUUAUAGGAAGUUUACAUUAUCUGACGGAGUGAUUUGUUCUAAGUGUUAGUAUGCAUAAUAAUCACUUAGGAGAAAGAUCGAAGUGCAGAUUUUCAUAGCACCACAGAGAAUUUGAUUCAAGAUCUGGAGAGGAGCCCAGGAAAAAAAUUCCAAGACUCCCAGGUGAUCAUUUAUGUAUGUGGCUCACACACUAGAGUUGGAGAAACAUUGACUCAACCUAAAAGUCUUUAUAAAGCUCAGAUUUUGGAAAUGGUAUUGAUCAAGCAUGCACCCCCUUGAAGUUAUGAAUCUGAACACAUGGUGGCAGUGCAGGCUAAGAGAGUGAAUGAACGCUCUGCAGAUUGGGUGGACUCCAUUUCACUGAGAGACCCAAUAAAAAAAUAUAGAACACAUUUACAGCUAAAGCUAAGAGAGAAGUGUUCAGGAAGACAGUCAUUGCCAGAUAAGUUAUAAGAAGAAAUUCAAAAUUCUAUACCAAAGACAUUUCAGAGGGUGGACUGUCUGUGGACGUGGACGUGGUGACUGGGAGUGGAAAAGGAUUUUUUUCCGUCUGGAAUCAAGACAUAACAAUAGAGAUGGCGCAAACAAAAAUACAUCACAAGAAAAGGCAAGUGGCGAUCUUCAUUAUAUUGGUGCUUUUGUGGGAGGCAGGUUCAGAAUUGAUUCAGUAUUCUGUACUGGAGGAGACAGUAAGUGGCACGUUUGUGGCCAACCUGACAAAGGACCUGGGACUCAGGAUGGGAGAGCUGGUUGCGCGGAGAGCCCGUAUUGUUUUCCAGGGCAAUAGACAGCAUUUGCAGUUUGACCCACACACCUACGAUUUGCUUCUAAAUGAGAAACUGGACCGGGAGGAGCUGUGCGGUGCCACUGAGCCCUGUGUACUACCUUUCCGAGUGUUACUGGAAAAUCCCUUGCAGUUUUUUCAGGCUGCCUUGCUAGUCAGAGAUAUAAAUGAUCACGCCCCGGAGUUCCAGGCCAGAGAAAUGCUAUUGAAAAUAUCGGAAAUUACUACACCAGGAAAGAUAUUUCCUUUGAAAAUGGCACAGGAUUUAGACGCUGGUAGCAACAGCCUUCAGAGCUACAUCAUCAGCUCAAAUCCACAUUUCCACGUUGUCACUCGCAGUCGCAGCGAUGGCAGGAAGUUCCCAGAGCUGGUGCUGGACAAAGCCUUGGACCGGGAGGAGCAGCCGGAGCUCAGGCUCACCCUCACAGCGCUGGACGGCGGGGCUCCGCCCAGGUCCGGGACCACACAGAUUCAGAUUCUCGUUUUAGACAUCAACGACAACGCCCCUGAGUUUGCUCAGGAGCUCUAUGAAGCGCAAGUCCCGGAAAACAAUGCCCUGGGCUCUCUGGUUAUCACCGUCUCAGCUAGAGAUUUAGAUGCAGGAUCCUUUGGGGAGGUGUCUUAUGCCCUGUUUCAAGAUGACGACGCCAACCAACCCUUUGAAAUGAAUGCAAUUACAGGAGAAAUUCGACUGAGAAGGAUGUUGGAUUUUGAGGAAUUUCAAUCUUACCACGUGGAUGUUGAGGCUACAGAUGGUGGGGGACUAUCAGGAAAAUGCUCUUUAGUUCUCAAGGUUCUGGACGUGAAUGACAACGCUCCUGAACUGACCAUGUCCUCACUCAACAGCCCCAUCCCUGAAAACCUGCCAGAGAUCAUGGUGGCAGUUUUCAGUGUAUCAGAUGCUGAUUCCGGACAUAACCAACAAGUUAUUUGUUCUAUAGAUGAAAAUCUCCCCUUUCUUCUAAGACCAUCAGUCGAGAAUUUCUACACCCUGGUAACAGAAGGACCCCUGGACAGAGAGAGCCAAGCCGAGUACAACAUCACCAUCACCGUCACCGACCUGGGGACACCCAGGCUGAAGAGCGAGCACAGCAUCAGCGUGCAGGUGGCCGACGUCAACGACAACGCCCCGGCCUUCAGCCAAAGCGCUUACACCCUGUGGGUCCGCGAGAACAACAGCCCCGCCCUGCACAUCGGCAGCGUGAGCGCCACCGACGCGGACUCGGGCGCCAACGCGCGGGUCACCUACUCGCUGCUGCCGCCCGGCGACGCGCGCCUGCCGCUGGCCUCGCUGGUGUCCAUCAACGCGGACACCGGGCAGCUGUUCGCGCUGAGGCCCCUGGAUUUCGAGGCGCUGCGCGCCUUCGAGUUCGGCGUGGGCGCGGCCGACGGCGGCUCGCCGGCGCUGAGCAGCCGGGCGCUGGUGCGCGUGCAGGUGCUGGACGCCAACGACAACGCGCCCGUCGUGCUGUACCCGCCGCAGAACGGCUCUGCGCCCUGCACCGAGCUGGUGCCGCGCGCGGCCGACGCGGGCUACCUGGUGAGCAAGGUGGUGGCGGUGGACGGCGACUCGGGCCAGAACGCCUGGCUGUCGUACCAGCUGCUCAGGGCCACGGAGCCCGGGCUGUUCGGCGUGUGGGCGCCCAGCGGCGAGGUGCGCACGGCCCGGCUGCUGAGCGAGCGCGACGCGCCCAGGCACAGGCUGGCGGUGCUGGUGCGCGACCACGGCGAGCCGCCGCUGUCGGCCACCGUCACGCUGCACGUGCUGCUGGUGGACGGCUUCUCGCAGCCCCACCUGCCGCGGGCCGAGGCGGCGGCCGAGCAGGCGCGGGCCGAGCCGCUCACCGUGUCCUUGGUGGUGGCCCUGGCGGCGGUGUCGUCGCUCUUCCUGCUGUCGGUGCUGGGCGUCGUGGCGGCGCGGCUGUGCGCGAGGGCCCGGGCGGCGUCUGCGGGUGGCUGCUCGGGGCCCGGGGGCGGCCUUGCGGGCCACGUGGUGGACGUGAGCGGCGGCGGGACGCUGUGCCAGGCCUACCGCUAUGAGGUGUGCCUGUCGGGAGGCUCGGGGACCGGCGAGUUCAAGUUCCUCAAACCAAUUCUCCCCAGCUUCCCUCCUCAGGACACUGGGAGAGAAAUGGAGGAAAACCUCAGUGUUCGGAAUAGUUUCCCAUUCAGUUAAGUAUUGGAUUAUUCUAUUAAGCUCUACUUCAUAUGUUUGGAAAUCUCUUUUAAUUUGAAGUUGCAUGUUAUUGAUGCAUGUUAUUUAUGAUGUUUCUUGAUUAUUUUAUUAUCGUUCCUUAGAAUGACAUUUUCAAAAUCAUAUACUGGGAAUAUGUAUUUUCUCCAUGUUGCACUCAGUAGUUUUUUAUUACUCUCAAUAAAUAUUUGGCAAUAUGAAUACAAUUUUAAAUUUUAUUUGCAUAAUUAAAAGUUUUUUAAAUUCAAUCUAUCCUUUUUACAAAAAUUAUAUUCCAAAGCACUUAAGUAAGUUAGUUGUAUUUCUAACUAUUAGUGGCAAUUGUCUUCACUAUUGCUAUGUAGGGAAAAUUUUUUAAAUCUGGGUUGGUAUUAUUUAAUUACCAAUGUAAGUCUCAUUUUGGGGUAACUCCUACAGUGUGAAAAAUGAAACACUAAAGAUGGAUAAAUGCUAAGAUAGCUAUUCAUAUUUAUGUCUAUUUCAGUGUGCCAUAAUCAUCAAUACAUAUUUUCUAUGAAUAUACAUACAAAAAGGUCGAUACAUUAAGUUACAGUUUGUGAACUUCGUGUAAGAAUAUGAUGGUUUUUAAAAAAAUAAUACCAUGCCAAUUAUAAAUACUUAAACAGUUGUCGAAUGUUAUUAACAUUCCAAUAAUGAAUUUAAAUAAUAAUUUUCAAGGCUAAUAUUCUCUCUACAUUAUGGUACUUUUGCCAAUAAUGGAAAUUCAAUAUCACUCGUUUAUUUUCCUUCUAAACAGAAAACAACCCCCACUCACCUUAAACCAUACUACAGAAUAUGAAGUGCUUGAGAGUACAUUUUAUUUCCUUUUCUUUGUAUAACAAUUUGAAAGAUAUUGCUUAGUGAAGUCCAAAUUAUAUUUUUCAAACCCCUCGUUGUUUUUCAAGUUCUAUAUGUGUGCUACCUGCCAAGAUCUAAGUCUGUUAUUAGUGGCAGGUUAUUAGGUAAAUAUCAGAUUGUCCAUUCUAGUGCUGUGUAAGCAUCAUUUAUCUUUAUUAACCAUAAAGUCAUUUGCUUUUACAGUUUAACCCAUAUUUGAUCUUAUUUGUGUUGGUCACAUUUGUAGCAGUUUAUGAAAAAUGUCUCUUCAAUUUCCCAUCAAAGUCAGGCAAUUUAUACUAAAGUGAUGAGUGAAUAUUUUAUUUUUAUCUUUAAUUAAAAUAGAACUGGUCUUAACUA